AACCCACACAAUAUAUAUGGUACUAUAAAUUAACCACCAUAGAUAUCUGUAUCUUCCUAAGCUAGUACUACUACUCUUUGUUUUUUUCUACUAUCUUUCAAACCAAGUGAACCUUAGUCAUCCAAAACUCCAUCAUUAAGUCUUGCUCAACCUUUGUAGUUUGUACCAUAUCUCUUUGACUUGUGACUGUUUGAGGAAAUAGCUAUCUGAGAAGAUGAGGGGAGGAAUUUGCAGUAUACAGCUUCAGGCUCUCACACCAGAAGCUGCAACUGUUGUUAAACAAGCUCUUAACCUUGCCAUGAGAAGGGGUCAUGCACAAGUGACUCCUCUUCAUGUUGCAAGUGCCAUGCUUGCAACUUCCACAGGCCUUCUCCGGAAGGCUUGUCUCCAGUGCCACUCUCACCCUCUUCAAUGCAAGGCUCUUGAGCUUUGCUUCAAUGUUGCCUUAAACCGUUUGCCAGCUUCAUCUCCAAGCCCUCUCUUGGGGCCUCAAUAUUCAACUCCUUCACUCUCCAAUGCUUUGGUUGCAGCUUUCAAACGUGCUCAGGCUCACCAAAGGCGCGGAUCCAUUGAGAAUCAGCAGCAACAACAUGUUCUGGCUUUGAAGAUUGAGGUGGAGCAGCUCAUAAUCUCAAUCCUUGAUGAUCCAAGUGUUAGUAGAGUGAUGAGAGAAGCUGGUUUUUCCAGCACCCUUAUUAAAAGUUGGGUUGAAGAACAAGCUCUUCCAGUGGAAGUUUGUUCUCAAAAAGCUCCUAUCAAAGAAAACACCAAGCCUCAAGUUCUUGGCAGUGGUGAUAUCUCAUUCUCUCCAUCUAGACCUUUUGGUCAAGUUGGGGGUUCAUUUAUUAAUAAUGAUGAUGUGACAAGUGUGUUGAGUGAGUUGGUGAAGAGGAAAAGAAACAUGGUUAUUGUGGGGGAGAGUUUGGAUAAUGUUGAGGGAGUAGUUAAGGGAGUGAUGGAGAGGUUUGAGGCAGGGAAUGUUCCUGGAGACUUGAGGUAUGUGCAAUUUGUGAGUCUUCCUCUUAUGUGUUUCAGGAACAUUAGCAAGGAGGAAGUUGAAAAGAAGCUUUAUGAGGUUAGAAGCCUUGUUAAGAGCUAUGUGGUAAGAGGGGUUAUUCUUUAUUUGGGUGAUCUGAAAUGGUUGUUUGAGUUCUGGUCAUUUUUUUGUGAGCAAAAGACAAACUACUACUGUUCUGUGGAGCAUAUGGUGAUGGAGGUUAAAAAAUUGGUCAGUGGGAGUGGGGAGAGUAGUAGAGUUUGGCUUAUGGGGAUUGCAAAUUUGAAAACAUACAUGAAGUGUAUAAAUUGUCACCCUUCCCUUGAAACUAUUUGGGAGCUUCAUCCCUUCACUAUUCCUGUUGGAAGCCUGAGCCUAAGUUUGAAUUUUGACAGUGGUUUUCAAGCUCAGGAGAGAUGCAAAGUAAUUUUCAAGGACAUGCCUUUUGAAGAUAGAGUAGGAGCAAGGAAGAAUCUAACUUGCUGCAGGGAUUGCUCCAUAAAUUUUGAAAAAGAAGCUCAGAGCAUCACUAACAGUGGAAGCAAGAAAAUGUGCAGUGCUAGCUUGCCAACAUGGCUCCAAAAUUGCAAGGAAGAGAGAACUCACAUAAUGGAAGAUCAGGAAAAUGCAGCAAGGCUUAAGGAUCUGUGCAAGAAAUGGAACUCAAUAUGCAAUUCAGUACACAAACAACACCCUUCCAUUCUUGAGAAACCAUUUUUGUUUAUCUCAUCUUGUCCUUCAUCUCCCACUUCUGUUUCCUCACCUGAAGGAAAGCCUAACUUGCAUCAGAACCACCUAAACUGGCCAAUCAUUUCUGAACCAGAAAAAACACUUAAAGAAUGCGAGUUAUACACUGAAGAAGCUGGUGAUGAUUGUUAUGAAAGUAACUUCAUAAUGUUCAUGCCAGACAGAAAUGUCCCUAAACCAGAUCUUUUGUCAAACCCCAAUUCUAGUCCCAACUCAGCUUCUUCAAGUGAAGCAGUGGAAGGUUUAGACAGCACUGAAAUGUUCAAGGAAUUCAAUGCUGAGAAUCACAAGAUUCUCUGUGAUGCCUUGGAGAAGAAGGUUCCUCAGCACAAGGAAAUUAUUGCAGAGAUUGCAAGCACUGUCCUUCAUUGUAGAUCAGGAAUGAAUAAAAGAGCGAAGCAAGAAACUUGGAUGGUCUUUCAGGGUGUGGAUUCUCAGGCCAAAGAGAAUAUCUCAAGGGAGCUAGCAAAAGUUGUUUUUGGCUCUUGUAACAACUUUGUGACUAUUGCUUUGAGCAGUUUCUGUUUCCAAGGAGAUGAUGAUUCCAGUGAUGAGAAAUCCAAAAGGAAAAGGCCAAGAGAUGAGUUGGGAAGCACUUACCUGCAGAGAUUUGGGGAAGCAGCAAAUGAGAACCCCCACAGGGUGUUCUUCAUGGAAGAUUUGGAUCAAGUUGAUUACUUUUCUCAAAAGGGUAUCAAGAAAGCAAUUGAGAGUGGAAGUAUUACACUUCCUUGUGGUGAAUCUGUUCCUCUCAAAGAUGCCAUUGUCAUUUUCAGCUGUGAAAGGUUCAGUUCAGUGUCAAGAUCAUCUCCUGCAAGAAAAUCAUCAUCACCAUCUGGUGAAAGCAAAGGGAAAGAGACCAUGGAUGAUGAAUGUCCCAGCCUCUGUUUGGAUUUGAAUAUAGCCAUUGAAGAUGGUAGUAGAGGUGCUGCUUUAGGUGGAGAUAAUGGUAUCCUAGAGUUAGUUGAUAAGCAAAUUAGUUUUAACUUUUAACAUACAAGAAUUGUGAUAGGAAGGGAAAAAGACAAAUCUUCUAUGUUAAAUUUGGGGUGUUACUUUUUUUCUUCUCUUUAUGUUUUUCACUUCUUGUAUUGUUUCUCAGUUUCAUUUUGUGGGGGGAAAGAAAGACAUGAAUGAAAAGAAAGGUUUAGAUAGAGAUAGUUCUUGAUGUGCAAUUUCAAACUUGGGAGGGAAUGGUAUAGGAUGAUAACUUUGUAUAUAUGUUAAUUAAUGUGCUUUAAUGUAAUUUGGUUCCUCUUUAUCUUCA